AUGAUUACAGCAAUUUUCAUAUACGAUUCCAAAGGAGAUAUACUUAUAUCGAAACUUUACAAAGAUGAGAUAAAAAGGAACAUUGCCGAUGUUUUUCGAAUACAAGUGAUAAAUCUGGCGUCGUCGGGGAGAUCAAAUCGAGAUCAGCGAACACCAGUGUUGACGUUGGGAUCUACGUCCUUCAUUUAUAUCAAACUGGGUAACGUUUGGAUAUGUGCAGUAGCAAGGUCUAAUCAAGACUGUGCAGCAAUUUUGGAAUUUCUAUACAAACUAGAGUCACUCCUUUGUGUGGUUCUAUGGGAGGACAAUAAAAAGAAGUCACUGCAACUGAAACCAACCUUAUCAGACAUAGCCAUAGUCAAUAACUUCUCCCUAUGUUACGACAUCUUGGGUGAAGUGUGUGAUUACGGGUACCCUACAAACAUGGACUUAGAAUACUUGAAGAAGUACGUUGUCGGAUUAAAUGAAUCGAGUCUCGGAAUAUUUAAGAAAGCUUCGUUUAACCCAUUGAAGAAAAGCGCCCCUCCAGCACAACCAGCCCCUGUUCAUCAAACUGUCACAUGGAGGUCUCCCACAAUCAAGUACCGGAGGAACGAGAUUUUCUUGAAUGUGCAAGAAAGAGUGAAUGUAUUGAUGAAUUUUCAGGGAGAUGUACUUCGUAGCUCUAUAGAUGGAGCAAUCAAAAUGAAGACACAUUUAUCGGGCAUGCCGCAAUGUCGGUUCGGGUUCAAUCAAAAUACCAUAUUGCUUUCCAACUACGACGUGUCAAAUGAUGAGAGAGAAGGGGUGGUUGCACUAGAGGAUACCAAAUUCCAUCAGUGUGUAGAGUUGGGAGCAUUUGAUAGCGACCGAUCAAUCCAGUUUAUACCUCCAGAUGGUGAAUUUCAACUCAUGAGUUACAACUGCAAUCAAAACAUUAACUUACCAUUCAAGGUAUACCCACAAGUACAAGAAAUUGGAAGGAACAAGAUCGUAUACAAAAUCAGGAUGAAGUCAUUUCAACCACCAAAACUUCCAGCGACUGAAGUGGUGAUGCAUAUUCCUACUCCCAGUGGGGUAUCUCUGACAAGCAUAUCCAAUUCUAACGGGAAAGCCAAAUUUCAUGCCGAAGAGAAUGCAAUAGUAUGGAAAUUCAAUAAAUUAUUCGGAGAACAAGAUAAUAUAUUAUCAGCUGAAGUUGAAGUGAAAGCACAUUCAACCGAGUUCAUUCAAUGGAAUCGACCCCCGAUAACUUUGGACUUUUUUGUGGAUAUGUUUUCCAGUUCAGGAUUAACCGUUCGAUAUUUGAAGGUUCAAGAGAAAUCCAAUUAUAAAACCGUAAAGUGGGUCCGUUAUACUACCCAAUCAGGUUCCUACGAAAUUAGAUAUUGA